UUCUACAGGAUUUCAUGUGAAGGAGGGUUUCAUGCUGAGACCGCCCUCACUGGUCCUGGUCUCUGAUUGCCCUAUUCUGCGAGAGAGACUCUGUACGCAAAUGAAACGCGGAGUAGCCCAUUUCUGUACCCUGCGGAACUGAAAGGGGGGAGGGCAGCGAAGAGGAACCGUGAUCAUCCUGUAAUCGCUCCAAACCAGCAAGUUUAUCGGUGAUUUCUCGAUGGUCUCGCGAAGAAAUCGGUGGUGAGUCUUCACUUGGCGCUUGCCACUCAAGUCACAAGAGCAGAGAAGCGGUGAAGUCAAACGGAUCCCUCGCGAUGCCAGCCGCGGAUGCAGAGCUGGGCACGAGCGUUGGCACGACGGGUGCAGCCCCGGCCCCGGCCCCGGCCUCACUGAAGCAGCCCCCCGCCGAACGCGCAGUCAGUGUGCUGUGGUCGUUCGGAAAAUGCCUGGGUGCGCUUCUGCCCGUGUACCUGGCCGGAUACUACGGCUUCAGCAUCAGCGUCGUCCUGUUCGGGCUGCUGAUCUACAUGGGAUGGAAGCACGGUCGGCAGGAGAAAGUGACCAGGCUCAAGUCUGCCAUGUACCUCCUGGAUAACGAGAUUGAAUUCACCACGGCGAAGGUGUUGAGAUCCAAAAGGGAUUUGCCUCCUUGGGUCAACUUUCCAGAUGUGGAAAAAGUGGAGUGGCUGAAUAAGAUCGUGCAGCAGGCUUGGCCCUUCGUUGGUCAGUAUCUGGAGAAGUUGCUAGUGGAAACCAUUGCACCCGCGAUCCGUGCCUCCAGCAUUCAUCUGCAGACUCUCAGCUUCACCAAGGUCAACAUAGGAGAGAAGGCUCCGAAGGUGGUUGGUGUAAAGGCUCACACAGAACAAGAUAAGAGACAAGUGAUGUUGGAUUUGUACCUGAGCUAUGCCGGUGAUGUUGAGGUCAAUGUUGAAAUCAAAAAGUACUUCUGCAAAGCUGGAGUGAAAGGAAUUCAGCUCCACGGGAAGCUGCGUGUGAUCCUUGAGCCUCUGAUCGGAGAUGUGCCGCUGGUUGGAGCCAUCACCAUGUUCUUCAUCCGCAGGCCUAAACUGGACAUCAACUGGACCGGGCUGACCAACCUGCUGGAUAUCCCCGGGCUGAAUGCCAUAUCGGACACUAUGAUAAUGGAUGCAAUAGCCUCCCACCUGGUGCUUCCCAAUCGUCUCACUGUUCCCCUGGUGGCCGACCUGCACGUUGCGCAGCUCCGCUCCCCUCUCCCAAGGGGAGUUGUGCGUAUCCAUCUGCUGGAGGCUGAGGACCUGACCGCUAAGGAUACAGUCAUCAAAGGCUUAAUUGAUGGGAAAUCAGACCCAUAUGCUGUUCUGCGAGUCGGAACCCAGAUCUUCACCUCUCAUCACGUGGACAGCAACCUGAACCCACAGUGGAGGGAGAUGUUUGAGGUGAUUGUCCAUGAAGUACCUGGUCAGGAGUUGGAAGUGGAAGUAUUUGACAAAGACCCAGACCAGGAUGACUUCCUGGGGAGGGUCAAGUUGGAUCUUGAUAUUGUAAAGAAGGCCAGAGUUGUGGAUGAUUGGUUCAAUCUGAGGGACGUCCCAUCCGGCAGCAUUCACCUCCGGCUGGAGUGGCUCUCUCUGCUGUCCUCUGCUGACAGACUGAGUGAGGUGAUCCAGAAGAACCAGAACCUGACCAGUAAGACAGCUGAACCUCCAUCUGCCGCCAUCUUAGCCGUCUAUCUUGACCAAGCUUUUGAACUGCCUAUGAGGAAAGGCAAUAAAGACCCAAGCCCAAUGGUGCAGCUUUCCAUUCAGGAUACGACUAAAGAGAGCAAGACUUGUUAUGGUACCAACAACCCUGUAUGGGAGGAUGCUUUUACCUUCUUCAUUCAGGAUCCUCACAAACAAGACAUUGACAUUCAAGUCAAAGACGACGACCGUGCUUUGUCCCUGGGCAAUCUGACAAUCCCUCUGACCCGUGUUCUGGCGGCCCCUGAACUCACCAUGGACCAGUGGUUCCAUUUGGAGAAUUCUAGUUCAGCCAGUCGCAUCUACGUCAAAAUUGUGCUUCGGGUUUUGUGGUUAAGUGACGAUGCCACUCCUACGACUCCGUCUCCUCGGCCUGUAUCCCCUGGAUCUGGGACGGGUCAGGGGGGAACUGCAUCAGAGCCGAACUCCACAGGGCCCGGCGGGUCGGCUAAACCUCAGCCCACACGACCUCAGCAAACCACGCCCGACCCAGAGUUCGCAACUGAGGGAGUGCUGCGUAUUCAUCUGGUAGAGGCCCAAAACCUGAUAGCCAAGGACAACUUCAUGGGAGGCAUGGUGAAGGGGAAGAGUGACCCCUACGUCAAGAUCCGUGUGGCUGGUAUCACCUUCCGCAGCCACACCAUCAAAGAGAACCUCAAUCCUACCUGGAAUGAGCUUUAUGAGGUGAUUUUGACUCAGCUUCCUGGACAGGAGAUCCAGUUUGAGUUGUUUGACAAGGACAUCGAUCAGGAUGACUUCCUCGGAAGGUUCAAGCUUGGCCUACGAGAUAUCAUCAGCGCACAAUUCAUUGAUACGUGGUACACUCUAAAUGAUGUGAAGUCAGGCCGAGUUCACCUGAUGCUGGAGUGGCUGCCCAGAGUCUCUGACCUACACAGACUGGAACCGAUCCUGCAGUACCAGUCCCUGCAGUCGUACCAGAACAAGGUUGUACCAUCAGCAGCUGUGCUGUUUGUGUAUGUGGAGCGUGCCCACGGCCUGCCGUUGAAGAAGAGUGGAAAGGAGCCAAAAGUUGGGGCUGAGAUAAUCCUCAAAGGCGUUUCACACAAAACCAAGGUUUGUGAGCGCUCCACAUCUCCUCGAUGGGAUGAAGCCUUUCAUUAUUUGAUUCGUGACCCCAGAGAUGAAACACUCACAGUCAAGCUUUCCCACAGCUGGGGCCAGGCCCUCGGGUCCCUGACGCUUCCUCUCAGGGAGGUGCUGGCUGAGCCGGGCUUGGUGCUGGACCGCUGGCUCAGUCUGGAUGGAGCUCUGCCAGAGAGCCAGAUCCUACUGAGGGCCACACUCAAGAUCUUGGACACUCAGCUGGCGGUGUGUCGUGGGACUUCAGGGGACGCAGGUAAUGACACCAGCGGAGACGAAGUCAUCCCCAGAUGGAUUCCAUCCCACCUAGACCUCAGACACAGAGGUGGAUUCUCCAUAGGUGGUGAUAAUGGGAGCACAACAAGCCAGGUGAAGCUUACCUUGGGCUACUCCACAGAGGAGAACAGGCUUUUCAUCACUGUUCACUCCUGCAGAGCCCUGGCAGCCUGCUCCAAGGAUGGUGCAGACCCGUAUGUUUCCUUCAUCCUGCUGCCUGACAAGAAGGGUACGACCAAGCGGAGAACUGCCACCAAGAAGAGAGACCUCAACCCAGAAUUCAAUGAAAGGUUUGACUUCGAUCUCUCUCUGGAGGAGUCCACACAGAGGAAACUGGACCUCUCUGUGAAGAACAGUGUCUCCUUCAUGAGCAGAGAGAGGGAGCUCAUCGGCAAGUUGCAGCUGGACCUGAACCAAAUAGACCUAAAGACAGGUGUCACACAAUGGUACGAUUUGGUAGCAGAGACCAACUAGAAGAACCUGUGUUUGAUCUUCAGUAAUAUAUAACAAUGUGUUGCUUCUGUGAUCUGUGAUUUGUGUGUUUGUAUAUUCAGCUUAAAUUAAAAUUUCCACCAUCACUGAAGAAAAAAAAUGAUGACAUAUAUGCUUCACAAAAACACAGUCCAUCAGUAUUUAUGACACUUUACAUGUAGCUUAUCAUCCAUGAAGUGUUAACUGUGCUAAACCCAUGGACAGAUUCUUCAGUAGAAUAUUUUGGCUGAAUAGAUAUUUGAUAAAAAUGCAACUAUGUUGCACAACCUACCAAGUUUCUAUAUGUUUAGAAGCAUGUACAAGUCCUAUUUGAAUUUUAUUUACAAAAGGGCUUAUGCUGUGGUUAAUAUUCUAUGAUGUGACAAUGUUUUAUGGAUCUACAGCAUCCGACACAACUGAAAACGAUUCUUUAAAAUUUUGUUUUUUACAAUCUUCAAACAAUUCCCGAGAUUACUUUGUUUAUAUACGUUUAUAUUAUUGCCUUAAGUAUUACAAAACUGUGCAAGUUUGUCAGUGUUCAUGAAUUAUGUUCCAGAUGAAGUUUUAUAUGUUUUAACCAGAACUUUCUGAAAGUUACUUUUAUAAAUCAGAGUAUUACAAACGUAGACCCUCACAUUACCACUGAAAACAGAGGUAUGAUACUGUAAGCAGAGUCUAAAUCACUGUGCUUUUAUGAAGAGAAAACUUUGUAGAUACUGAAAACACAUUGCUAGAUGUUCUUACAACCAAAUGCUUCUUUGUGUUUGUAUGUGUUUGUAGUGCUAAAUGCAAGAGGCCAAUGCUUCUGGCCAUGUUUAUAUUUUGUUGGGUUUUUUUUAGCUAAACAGUUAUGAGAAGCAGGAAAAUAUUGUACGGCUGUGGUGAGGCAGCUUCUACGUCACCUCACCACAAAAGGUUUAGACAAUGAUUUGUGGUAAUGGAAAGAAAAUAAAAAGUAUUUAAAUUUUCAGAAAUGAAGAAGAAAACUGCUGUGCUUUGACAUGAUUUGAACAUAUCAUCAUGUAGCUGCUGAAGUUCUUGAUUAAAGUUUGCACUCUCAUGAACCAAA